CCAUUUUUGAAACAGAAGCUUCCACCUCUCUCACUGUAAGAUUCUCCAUUUUCUCUCUCUAUAAAAGCUUUUCGACUGUCUUCCCUCUCGAAACUAUCUCUUUCUUUCUUCUUUCUCACUCUAAAACCCUUAUUUUCCUCUCUCAUCACCCUCCUCCAACACCACCCAUGGGAUUCCCAGUCGGAUACACAGAGGUCUUCUUCCCUAACCUCUUUCUCCACACUCUCUCCCUCCUCGGCUUCAUCCGAAACCUAAUUUUCUGUCUCUUUCAUUUCCUCGGCCUCUCGGAAUUUCUGGAAACCGACGUCGUUUGGCCCCAAUCUUCGUCGUUGGGGUCGGCAGCCCAAUCCCCGGAUAAUCCCCCGGUAUCGGCGAUCCUGAUCCGAGAGCUACUCCCGGUGAUAAAAUUCCGGGACCUGGACACCGUGGACGGUGCCGGAGAACCCCCAGAAAAUUGCGCGGUUUGCCUGUACGAGUUCGAGGGAGGAGAAGAGAUCAGGUGGUUGACGAACUGUAAACACAUUUUCCACCGAGCCUGUCUGGACCGUUGGAUGGACCACGAUCAGAGAACGUGUCCGCUUUGUAGAACGCCAUUUGUCCCUGAUGAGAUGAAGGACGAGUUCAAUCAACGGCUCUGGGCUGCUUCUGGGGUCGGUGAUAUUUACAGCGAAUACAGCUCAGUUUGAGGGGAUGAAAAAUGAAAAUAGGUCGGGAGAGAAGUGAGUUUAGUUUUGGUAUGUUGAGUUUGAAGUACGAUAAGGAGUUUGUUAACUACGGUAGGUGCAGGUGGCUAACCGAUUUUUUCGGAUCUUGUCAGUGUCAGCCAACACUGAAUUGGAACACCAUCCUCUCCACUUUUUAAUAAUUGUUAUUCUCACACUCACCCGCGCUUUUUUUCCCUUUUUCCUUUUCAUUUAUUUAGUAAAUUUAUUAAUUUUUUUUUUACAUGCAUGGAAUGGAUUGUGGAUGAUGAAAAAAAAAGUUAAAAAACAAGUUUUAGCUCCAAGGUGUUAUUAAUUUAUGAAAAAGGACAAUAUUCUAUAGAGUAUUUUUUUAUAUAUGUAAAUAUAUUUUUUAUGAUUUUAAAAAUGUAUGUAUGAUUUUAAAAAGUGUUGUUAUUUGAUAUUUUAAGUUAUUUAUCACCAUAUAGGGUGGCACUCAAUAGUUAGUUAACAAUACUUUAUAAUAUUUAUAAAAUUUAAAUGUGUGAGAUUCAAUAUUGUAUUACACCAAAAGCGAUAUGUCAUAUUUUUGUUAUGUUGGACAACAACGCUACUCCUUAACAAUACUCUUUUAAUAAAUAAAUGUUGUUCCCAAUCUUUAAAAUAACUUCCUCAGAAACUAACACAAAGCUGUGGGAAGAAGGUCAAUUUAUUUUGACAAAGAGUUUAUAAGUUUAUAGACCUAGCACUAGCAGUGUAACAUUGUACAUUGAACUUGUGGUGAGGCUUUACCACGUUCUUCAUGUGUUAUCCAAUGACAAUAAUAAAUUUAUAACAAUUAAGAUA